GCGUCUGCAGAAGAGAAGACGGAAUCCAAGAAGGUGCGGGACGCUCUAGGCCGGCAAGUUCGUGACCAAACGUGAAACUACCGGCUGAAAUGCCCGUAGGGUAGUGCACAGCUGGUUGCGGGACCUACGGAGGCUGACUGGAGUCAAUCGCGUGCAAGAUUAACACGAACUGCUUUCGGAGAUCAAUGAGACUGCUCCCAGCCUAGGGUAGCCCCGAGGUGCCCAGGCUUCUGGUGCCAGGCCCAGGAUGGCACGCAGUUUGGCAUUCUUCCCAGGUGGCGACAGUGCACUGUCCUGCUCAUUGCCAGAAUGACCCUACGGUCCUCAUGUCCCACGUGGUCUUACUUGGUUCAGCGUCUAGCCUCGCCCCUGUCUGGUUCCCGCGGCCCCUUUAAGGCAGGCCCCGCCCCUGCCCCGCCUCCCCCGGGUCAGUCCGGGAGCACCCGGCACCGUCUCAGUGUGCACCCUGCGGAGGGCGCGAUGGCGGUUUCUGCGCUGAGAGUAUCCUGGCGGCAGCUGAGCCACCAAACCGGGUCUGGAGCUCCCAUCCUCCUACGGCAGUUGUUUGAGCCCACAAGCUGCACCUACACUUAUCUUCUGGGUGACAGGGAGUCCCGCGAGGCCGUUCUGAUCGACCCUGUCUUGGAGACAGCGCCUCGGGAUGCCCAGCUGGUCAAGGAGCUAGGGCUGCGACUCCUAUAUGCUGUGAACACCCACUGCCAUGCAGACCACAUUACUGGCUCAGGGCUGCUCCGUUCCCUACUCCCUGGCUGCCAGUCUGUCAUCUCCCGCCUUAGUGGGGCCCAGGCUGACUUGCACAUUGAGGAUGGAGACUCCAUCCGCUUCGGGCGCUUUGCCUUGGAGACACGGGCCAGCCCUGGCCACACCCCAGGCUGCGUCACCUUUGUUCUGAAUGACCACAGCAUGGCCUUCACUGGAGAUGCCCUGCUGAUCCGAGGGUGUGGGCGGACUGACUUCCAGCAAGGCUGUGCUAAGACCUUGUACCACUCCGUCCACAAAAAGAUCUUCACGCUUCCAGGAGACUGUCUGAUCUACCCUGCUCAUGAUUACCAUGGGCUCACAGUGUCCACUGUGGAGGAGGAGCGGACUCUGAACCCUAGGCUUACCCUUAGCUGUGAGGAGUUUAUCAAAGUCAUGAACAAUCUGAACUUGCCCAAACCUCUGCAGAUAGACAUUGCUGUUCCAGCCAACAUGCGCUGUGGGGUCCAGAGCCCCCCUUCCUGACCUUAUCUCUGUCAGGUGCUAAUAUCCACUAAGAAUGCACUGGGUGGCAUAAGAGGAGAGGUGUCACCAUAGCACCUCUCUUCUCUCACCUCCACCCCCUAAAUCAGACCCCUAGAACUUCUGAAUAAAACUU